CUACACCUCGGCUUAAACACAAGGACUAAUGAAUGCUACCGCUACGAGGGACUACACCCAGCAUUGAUUCCGGCUGCAGCAGCUUUUGAAUAAAAUUCUUGGGGCACACAUCUUUACUUUUCUUUGCUCUCUUUCCAAUUCUUCCCCACACUGUAGUACUUCGCGUCUGUCACGGAAUCCUACCACCAGCCAUGUCGUCCUUCUCAAGAGCUAUUCGACCUAUUGUGCGUGCAGCAGCCGCUACCUCCGCUCGACCUCUACGACCAGCAGUCUCACGCGUAGCCCCGCAAAUCCGAUGCCUCUCCGCCACCGUCCCUCGACGGGACAGCGAGAUCCUCGACAUCUCCGAGAUCCCCCCAACCCCAAUCACGCACCUCUCUGAGACGGAGACCCUCAUGGCCGAUUCAGUCUCCAAGUUCGCCAGCGACGUCAUUCUCCCCAAGGCACGAGAGAUGGACGAGGCGGAGACCAUGGACCCCGCGGUAGUGGAGCAAUUGUUCGAGCAGGGUCUCAUGGGUAUCGAGAUCCCCGAAGAGUACGGCGGAUCGGGAAUGAACUUCACGGCGGCUAUUAUUGCCAUUGAGGAGCUUGCGAGGGUGGACCCCAGCGUCAGUGUCAUGUGCGAUGUGCAUAACACGCUGUGCAAUACUGCGUUCCUGAAGUAUGGAUCCGAGAAGCUGAAGAAGGAAUGGUUGCCCAAGCUCGCUACCAACACGGUCGGUUCGUUCUGUCUGUCUGAACCGGUAUCCGGAUCCGAUGCCUUCGCCAUGGCGACCAAGGCCACCAAGACCGAGAACGGAUACAAGAUCAACGGCUCUAAGAUGUGGAUAACAAACAGCAUGGAGGCCGAGUGCUUCAUCGUCUUCGCCAACCUCGACCCUAGCAAGAAGUACAAGGGCAUCACCGCAUUCGUGGUCCCCAAGGACACGCCCGGAUUCUCGAUCGCGAAGAAGGAGAAGAAGCUUGGUAUCAAGGCUAGCAGCACGUGCGUCCUCAACUUUGACGACGUCGAGAUCCCCGCAGACAACUUGCUGGGCAAGGAGUUUGAGGGCUACAAGUAUGCCAUUGGGCUUUUGAACGAGGGCCGCAUUGGCAUUGCUGCGCAGAUGACUGGUCUGGCACUCGGUGCCUGGGAGAACGCUGCAGGAUACGCAUGGAACGACCGCAAGCAGUUCGGACAGCUCAUCGGAGAAUUCCAGGGCAUGCAGCACCAGCUCGCGCAGGCGUGGGUAGAGAUCCAAGCCGCACGCGCCCUGGUCUACAACGCGGCCCGCAAGAAGGAGGCCGGCGAGGAUUUCGUGCUCGACGCCGCCAUGGCCAAGCUGAAGGCAUCGCAGGUCGCCGGCACGGUCUCGUCGCAGGCGGUGGAGUGGAUGGGAGGCAUGGGAUUCGUCAGGGAGGGUCUCGCUGAGAAGUACUUCCGCGACAGCAAGAUCGGCGCCAUCUACGAGGGCACGAGCAACAUCCAGUUGACGACCAUUGCGAAGCAGCUGCAGAAGACGUACACAAAGUAAGCAGGCAGGCAGGCUGGAGGGCAGACAAAUUUGAUGUGGCGUGAGGAGGUUGGAUCAGUUGUUAUCGCGAGUCAGUGUCGCUGGUUAUUGCUUGCGUGGUAGAUCAUGUUCGCAUGUCGCUCGGGACAUGUAUCGGUAACUCUACGAGUACCAAAAUCUGGAGACGAAAUCAUGAAUGG